AUGAAGAACCCAUUCGAAAACCUCAGUGACGACGAGGCUGAUGAUCCAUUCUUUCAAUCAUCCAACAAAACUCCAAGUUUACCAUUUGCUGCCUAUACGAGUGAUAGAAGUUCACCACGUAAGAACUAUACUCCAUUAAAUUUUGAUUCUGAUGACGAAGAUGGCAAUGCUAGUGAAUUUGUAGGGUUUCCUGCCUCCACUACUUCAUUUAAUCAUCAACAACAACAACAAACAUCCCCAAGACAGUCUCCAAACAUUUUCUCCAAGAGUAAAGCAUUUGGGUCAAGCAGUAGAAACAUUUAUGAUAACACACCAGAUUUACAAUAUGGGAAAACAGGUGGUCGUGAAAUAACACCUCGUGCUCAGUUUACCAGCAGAGAAUCUCCUAAAAGACAAAAGAUGACAGAAGUCAUCAUGUCUGAUGACGAUGAUACAAAUGAAGGUGAUGAUCCGUUUGAAAAUAGAGGUUCUCCGCGUCGUUCAUUUAAAACAAGUGCUACUAUAAGUGAAAGGUUCCUUCCACCACCAAAACCAAUUUUUAGUCCAGAAACUUUCGCCGAAGCUAAUUCUAGACACAGUGACGAGGGCACCAUUAAUGAUGAUUAUGACUAUAAGUCAUAUGAGAAAGGACAUGAAUACGAAACCAAAUCAUUACAUUCUGAAGUGACUGCUUACAGUGGGGCCUCUUAUGUAUCAGAUGAGGACACUAAUGGCGAUGACCAAGGAACUGACACAUACUUUGGGGCAUCCAUUGACGGAAAUAUCAUGCAUAAUAUUGAAAACGGAUAUGUUCCUAAUAGAGAAAAGACAAUAACUAAGAGAAAAGUUAGAUUGGUUGGUGGUAAAGAAGGUAAUUUAGUGUUGGAAAACCCAGUACCAUCUGAAUUGAAAAAAGUGUUAACUAGAACAGAAUCACCAUUUGGUGAGUUUACCAAUAUGUCAUACACUGCUUGUACUUCCGACCCAGACAACUUCUCUAGUGAAGGAUUUACAUUGCGUGCUGCAAAAUAUGGUAGAGAAACUGAAAUUGUCAUUUGUAUCACCAUGUAUAAUGAAGAUGAGGUUGCUUUUGCCAGAACAAUGCACGGUGUGAUGAAGAAUAUUGCCCACUUGUGUUCCAGAAACAAAUCAAAAAUUUGGGGUAAAGAAAGUUGGAAGAAGAUUCAAGUCAUUAUUGUUGCCGAUGGUAGAAAUAAGGUAAACCAAAAUGUAUUAGAGUUAUUAACAGCAACCGGGUGCUACCAAGAUAACUUAGCUAGACCUUACGUUAACAAUAAAAAGGUUCAUGCCCAUUUAUUUGAGUACACUACACAAAUUUCAAUUGAUGAAAAUUUAAAGUUUAAAGGUGAUGAAAAGAAUUUAGCACCUGUUCAAGUAUUGUUUUGUUUAAAGGAAUCAAACCAAAAGAAGAUCAAUUCUCAUAGAUGGUUGUUAAAUGCCUUUUGUCCAGUAUUGGAUCCUAAUGUCAUUGUAUUAUUGGAUGUGGGUACCAAACCAGACAACCACGCGAUUUAUAAUCUUUGGAAAGCUUUUGAUAGAGACUCGAACGUUGCAGGUGCCGCUGGUGAAAUCAAAGCCAUGAAAGGUAGAGGUUGGAUUAAUUUGACUAAUCCAUUAGUAGCUUCACAAAAUUUUGAGUACAAGUUAUCAAAUAUUCUUGAUAAACCUUUGGAGUCAUUAUUUGGAUAUAUUUCUGUCUUGCCAGGUGCUUUAUCAGCAUAUCGUUACAUUGCAUUAAAGAAUCAUGAAGAUGGAACAGGACCUUUGGCGGCCUAUUUCAAAGGUGAAGAUUUGUUGUGUGCCCAUGAUCAAGACAAAGAAAACACCAAAGCUAAUUUCUUUGAAGCAAAUAUGUACUUGGCCGAAGAUAGAAUUUUAUGUUGGGAACUUGUGUCUAAACGAAACGAAAACUGGGUAUUGAAAUUUGUCAAGUCUGCCACUGGUGAGACAGAUGUUCCUGAAUCAAUUGCCGAAUUCUUAUCUCAAAGAAGAAGAUGGAUAAAUGGUGCUUUCUUUGCUGCUUUGUAUUCGUUGUAUCACUUUAAGAAAAUUUGGACCACAGAUCAUUCUUACUUGAGAAAGUUUUGGUUGCAUGUUGAAUUCCUUUAUCAGUUGAUAUCAUUGGUGUUUUCAUUCUUCUCACUUAGUAAUUUCUAUUUGACUUUUUAUUUCUUAACUGGGUCAUUGGUUAAUUAUACAAGUCUUGGACACAAUGGUGGUUUUUGGAUUUUUACCUUGUUCAAUUAUCUUUGUAUAUGUAUUUUGACCUCGUUGUUUAUUGUCUCCAUUGGUAAUAGACCACAUGCUUCAAAGAAUAUUUUCAAGACAUUGAUCAUCUUGUUGACUGUUUGUUCAUUGUACGCCUUGAUUGUUGGUCUUGUGUUUGUGAUUCAAACAAUUUCUGAAUUUGGUCAGAGUGGUACUUCGACAUAUGUUCUUGUCAGUAUUGUUAUUUCUUUAUUAUCUACAUAUGGGUUGUACACAUUGAUGUCAAUUCUUUAUUUGGACCCAUGGCAUAUGGUCACCUGUUCCAUCCAAUACUUUUUGAUGAUUCCUUCUUACACUUGUACUUUGCAAAUUUUUGCAUUCUGUAACACACAUGAUGUUUCAUGGGGUACCAAAGGUGAUAACAAUCCACAAGAAGAUAUCAAAAACCAAUAUAUUAUUGAGAAGAACGCAAGUGGUGAGUUCGAAGCUGUUAUAGUCGACACCAAUAUCGAUGAAGACUAUUUGGAAACAUUAUACAAUAUCCGUUCCAAGAGAUCCAACAAGAAACUCACUUUUGGUAGAUCUUCUGAACCAAAAGCACCAUUGGAUGGUGAUGAUUACGCCAAAGAUGUUAGAACAAGAGUUGUGUUAUUCUGGUUAGUUUCCAACUUGGUUUUCAUCAUGACCAUGGUUCAAGUCUAUCAACCUGGUGACACUGCAAGUAAUAUUUACCUUGGUUUUAUUUUAUGGUCUGUGGCAAUUUUAGCCCUUUUCAGAGCCGUUGGUUCACUUGGUUACUUGAUCCAAAACUACGCUAGAUUCUUUGUUGAAUCAAAAAAUAAAUGGAUGAAUAAAAGAUCUGGAUACUCUGUUCCAAGUCAUAAUCCAUUGAAUGAAACCAUUUAG